AUGGCGGAGACUUGUCUUUAUUUGAGUCUUGGGCCAAGUAAGAGACCUUGGAACAAUUUGCUUUUCUCUGCAAGAAGCCAGAGAAGGAAGCUUACCAGGGAACGAAGAAAUACCGUUGGCAGAGUGAUUCCAGCUUAUUUUCAACACAUGCAAUCAGUCAGUGGAGACACUGCAGAAGAGUUACAGGCUUACAUUUCUUAUUUGAGCUCACACACUGCCAAGUUUAGAAAGGAAAUCAACAAAGCAGGCCGAGGCUUAGUUUUCCGCUUGCAUGAGCAGGAAGCUCAGCUGGAGAGGGAUUUGGCUUGGAUGAAGAAGGUUGUUGGUGCAUAUGUAUUUCACAGACGCACUGCUGAAAGGCAAAAAGAUGAGGUCAGUCGUAUGAUCAAUUCUCUUCCCGGCUACCAUUGCUUGAUCUGGAUAGAUUGGAAACAGAACGUUACAAUCCCGCUAGCCCACAGGCAAACGUCCAACAUGUUUUGGGCGCAAGCCCGCAUGGAGCUCAGCUGCUUGGGCAUUGUUGUCCAUGCAGGGCAACCUUCAGGUGGAUCUAAAAAGCUUGCCUUUGUAAUUUUGUCAGAUGUGAUCGAGCACACAUCCCUAGCAGCAGCGCUCCAGCUUGAGCUUUUGAAGGGACACCUCCCAAUGGAGCAAAUUCGCGAAGCUCAUUUCUGGUGUGAUUGCGGGGCUCACUAUCGAAAUCUGGAUCUAUGCGCGUAUCUGGAGAUGCAGUGGGCUAGCAGGGAAGCCGGAGGUAUUCCCAUUUCAAUCAGCUUCUUCGGAGAGAAGCACGGAAAAGGAGAAUGUGAUUCUCUUUUUUUCUUCAUGCAACCGAUGGCUCAAAGACAAAACAUCGCAACCAGGUACUUGCUUAGCUAG